AUACACUCGGGUCAAACCACACUUUGGUCAAAUAUUAAUCAUGGCACUAUUUUUAUUUAAAUAAGUUUUGGAAAGAAAGUAGCAGCGGUCUUACAAAGUCAGUAAGUCACAACCCACCCUUCUUUUUACCAUAGACGAAAAUGCCUUCCGCCACCGAUAAUCCCGUCGACGAAGUCGUGGAGGUAGAACCACCCUCAGAAGCGGACACUCUUAAUUUUGCCAUAGCGUUUAUGUUAAAAUGCAUCGACCAAAUCCUUAAUGUACUGGAACCUAUAGAUAUCAAGUCGCAGGGAUCCGAGUUUCCUUUCCAAACACAUCCCCGGUCCACCAAUUUAGCUGUUACCAGUCUGCUUCUAUGGUUUGGCUUCCACAGCCGAACAUAUCAUUUCUGCAACCCGUCUUGGUCCCGCUUCAGUUUAUGCAAUCAUUGCUCGUUUGGGAAGGAUAUGUUGUCUGUGCAUUUUGUUAAAAGCAUUGGGUAGCAUGAACUUGGAAAUUGACACCACCACCUCUACCAAGGCUACAACCACAUGAAGCAAAGGCGGUAGUGGCUGAUUGUGCUCGCAACAAGGCAAAUAUGGUGGUGUUACUUUGGCGCUGAUAUAAGAAGAGAACAAAUACGAGUUGAGAAAAAUUAAACCUGAAACGAGCAAUAAAAGAUGCAGACAUAAGCCUCGCCAUACGUCGAUUUUGCUUGUGUGUCGGAGAACCAGGCGGAAGAUGGCUUCUAGAGGCCGAUAACGGUUGACAGAGAAGGACACCGACAGUGAGGUUGGAACGUAGUUGAAAAGAAAAAUGGGUCUAGGUUUAGAAGGAAAUGGUCGUAUACUUUUUAACUGUUGUGCCAAUUUAUAGGAUAUUAUUCUUUUUCUUAAUUAAUUAAAUAGUAAUAAUGUGUAAUUACCAUUAUAGUUUUGUUAUAUUAAUUAUCUACCAU